AUGGAUGAAGAAAGAACCCCUUUGAGUGAUAUUAUUGUUGGAUGUUCUUUGAUGGCAAUCUCUGCCGCAUGUGGCAUCGCAUACUCAAUUAUUUUAACGACAAUAUGGAAAGAUGGUGAACUUAUGAAAAUGAUUUCGUACAAAUUCAUGUUUGUGCUGGGGAUUUUCGAUGUGAUCCAGUGCUUUCCUCACUUUAUGACCGGAAUAUUUACCGUAUAUCGACAGUCCUAUAGUCCUGGCCUAGCCAAGGCCAUGGGUGUCUUAGCCACACCGGCUUAUGUGGCUUAUACAGUCCUUACCGUAUUUCUGGCUUUCAGCAGAUUUGUGCAACUAUAUUCGUCUAGGUUAGAUGAAAUGCUAUUUGGCGGGUCUGCACUACGAGUCUGGAUAGCUAUUGCAUUAGCCGCUUGGUUUUUAUUUGCAUUGGCCCUCGCAUCUCCUUGGGCUUCAAUCAUUUAUCUGCCUGACUACUAUUCUUGGGAUUAUGAUUAUGAUUUACGCUUUUCUCUAUAUGUGCAAAAAACUGAAAUGGUUAUUGAGCUUAGCACAAUUUUGAUUUCUGCAGUUUUCUAUUUACUUGUAAUUAUCGCCUUAUAUAGAACACGAAAGCGAUUUGCCACACAGUCAAAUGCGAAAGCCGAAAUCAAGAUACUCAUCCAAGCGUUGGUCAUCACCGUCUAUUGCACAGUCCUCAACUUUCUCUGGCAUAAUUAUCAGUUGGUCCUUCCGUCGAACCUUUGGUCUUACACAGCUCUAAACUUUAUGUGGGUUGCAAAUGCUGGAGUGUACCCUUUGAUUUAUUUCAUUGUCAACAGAGCAAUACGAGACAGAAUCGCAGUUCGAAAGUCAGCAAUACCUACCGUAAGCAUCUUCACACGAGUGGUAAAGAGCGGUCACAGAAGUUCAACAAAUCUUGUUGAAGUCACUCCUCCUAAAUGCAAGAUUAUCCGAACUCAUUUCAAUGGAGAAACACACAUUGGAUCAACAGUCAAAAGUAAUCGUAAAGUGAAAUUUGUUAGCUGA